AUGAGUUCAGGAUUACGCGGUAAAAAUAUUUCCGAAACAGCUCUUACUUGGUUGAAAAGUCUUCCUCGAAUAAGUUUAAAAAACUUGAGAGAAGAACCAGGUCAAAAUGUUAAAUACAAAAGAGCUAGAGGAAGAUACGGUGGUAAAACUCACGGAUGUAUGCCGAAAAAAAACCCGCAAAGACAAAUUUUUCCACGACCCGGUUGGGAAGGUGGGCAAACUCCAUUUUAUUUAAAAUUUACCAAAGAACCAUAUUAUAAAGGACAUCAUUUAAAGAGGCAAUAUCCUCCGUUAUCAUUGCUAUAUAUACAAAAGCUCAUUGAUACUAACAGACUCGAUACUUCUGGUCUUAUCGAUAUAUCAUCUUUAUGUAAGUCAGGUUUAGUAAAAUUUCUUCCCGAAGAAAAGCAUUAUGGAUUUCAGUUAACAGAUGAAGGAAUAGAUAAAUUUGCUGCAAAAAUUGACAUAGAAAUUCAAUAUGCUCCAGAACAUGUAAUUGCUGCUAUAGAACGAUUGGGAGGUUCAGUAACUUUGGCAUAUUAUGAUUUUCACAGUCUCUUAGCUUUAAAAAAUCCUUUGAAAUUUUUUCAAAAAGGAGAACCCAUUCCUAAAAGAAUGAUGCCGCCAGCAGAUGCAAUCGAAAUGUAUACUGAUCCAAAGCAAAGAGGUUACCUAGCAGAUCCUCAAGCAGUUGAAUAUGAAAGAGGUGUUUUAGCUCAAAAAUAUGGUUAUGAUUUAGUUAUAAGAAAACCACCAAUUAGAAAAGAUCCUUUACAAAUUUUUCUCGGUCUUCAUCCAGGUUGGGUGGUUAAUUUAAAAGAUAAAACCAUUUUAAAACCAAAAGACCCUGAAAUCAUUAAGUAUUACAGUAGUUCUUAA